GGCGUCCGUGGGGCGGGCAGGGCAGCGCGGCCGCCGCUCUGCAGCGCAGGGACCGCUGCCGGCCGCCCCCAAGAUGCUGUUUUGGCACACGCAGCCGGAGCAUUACAACCAGCACUCGACCGGCAGCUACCUGCGAGAUGUGCUUGCGCUGCCGAUCUUCAAGCAGGAAGAGCCGCAGCUGUCUCCUGAGAACGAUGCCAAGCUGCCACCCUUUCAGUACGUCCUCUGCACAGCCACCUCCCCCGCCGUGAAACUGCACGAAGAGACUCUGACCUACCUCAACCAAGGUCAGUCUUAUGAAAUCCGUCUACUUGAGAAUAGGAAAUUGGGAGAGUUUCAAGAUUUAAACACAAAAUAUGUAAAGAGUAUAAUUCGUGUGGUUUUCCACGACCGCCGCCUGCAGUACACGGAGCAUCAGCAGCUCGAGGGCUGGAGGUGGAGUCGGCCUGGGGACCGCAUCCUUGAUAUAGAUAUCCCGCUGUCAGUUGGUAUCUUGGAUCCCAGGGCUAGCCCGACCCAGUUGAACACUGUUGAAUUUCUCUGGGAUCCGUCAAAGAGGGCUUCAGCAUUCAUUCAGGUACAUUGCAUCAGCACAGAGUUUACUCCACGGAAGCAUGGAGGAGAGAAGGGGGUGCCUUUCCGGGUGCAAAUCGACACCUUUAAGCAGAAUGAAAAUGGUGAAUACACAGAACACUUGCAUUCUGCAAGCUGCCAGAUCAAAGUGUUCAAGCCUAAAGGAGCAGACAGAAAACAGAAGACUGACAGGGAAAAAAUGGAAAAGAAGACCACCCAGGAAAAGGAGAAGUAUCAGCCUUCCUAUGAGACAACUAUUCUCACAGAGUGCUCUCCCUGGCCAGAUGUGCCUUAUCAAAUGAACAAUGCUCCAUCUCCAAGCUACAACAGCUCUCCCAACAGCUUCAACCUUGGAGAUGGCAACAGUUCUCCAACCCACCAAAUGGAGCUCCUGCCUCCCACCAAUGAUCAUCUCCUUCCUUCUGCUUCUAUUCAAGAUGCCCAGCAGUGGCUUCAUCGUAAUAGGUUCUCUCCAUUCUGUAGACUCUUCUCAAGUUUUUCGGGUGCCGACUUACUGAAGAUGUCCAAAGAAGAUUUUGUUCAAAUCUGUGGACCUGCUGAUGGAAUUCGGCUCUUUAAUGCAAUUAAAGGAAGAAAUGUGAGGCCCAAGAUGACAAUUUAUGUCUGUCAAGAACCAGAGCAAAACAGGUCCCAUCUCCACCAAAAACGAGAAAAUGGAGAUGGCAGUCUUUGUGUGUAUCAUGCAAUCUUCUUAGAGGAGCUGACCACGCUGGAGUUGCUGGAGAAGAUUGCAAACCUGUACAGCAUUUCUCCGCAGCAGAUCAACCGCAUCUACCGGCAGGGACCCACGGGCAUCCACGUCCUAGUGAGCAAUGAGAUGGUGCAAAACUUCCAAGACGAAUCCUGUUUUGUUAUCAGUACAUUGAAAGCUGAAAGCAAUGAUGGCUACCACAUCAUUUUAAAAUGACCGUGCUGCACAGAGAGACUUUAACGGCCUAAAACUUAGUGCCUCACUGAGAUUGCUACAACCUAGACUGGAAACAUGAAGAACCUUCUGGAUAAAUGCUCCUAUGAACUAAGAAUUACCAAACAGCUUAAGAAAAAACUUGCUUUUACAGAUAGAAAUUUUUGGUGGUGUGUGAUUUUGGUGGGUUUGGUUUUUUUGUUUGUUUGGUUUGAUUUUUGUUUUGGUUCUUUUGGUUUUUUUAAGCUGGAGCUGAGAACAUCCUCAAAGCUUGUACAUGUUUUUUCCUCCCUCCCUUCCUCUUCAGUCUUGAAAAUUGUAGAGGUUUCUGCUUAUUACUUAGAAACAUCUGCCUUGUACUAAAGGGAAAUGAAAGAUAAACAAAUCCCAAUUCUCUUCACCCCUCAUGUUCAGAUGAAUUUAUUUACUUACAGUUCUGAGUGCUCUCUUGCUUUCAACACACACCCUGAUGCUGAUGGAUGUGGACUCCCCAGGGUUCCCCUUGUACUCUGUGAGGUGGAAGGCGUGGGGCUACCUCCCAGAACAGAUUGGGCAGUGCAGAGGAUGGGUUUAGUGCCCAGCCUUCACCACAGUGUCAACUCUGGAAGCCCACACUUUGCUGUUCUGCACCUGCAGGUGUGCUCCUAGUCCAGAGACCCUGGUCCCUCCUGACAGACCUUCUGUAGUACCAAUCUGGCAGAGCAGUUCUGAGGGGGUUCAAGGGAGGACAGACAACUUGUGGUGAGCAGUUCAGUACCAUAUUAUUGUCUGUGGCUUAAGAGUAGGCUCCUUGAAUGAAGCAUGUGAAGGUUUUCUGAGGAACUGUUUUGAGCAUUGGAAGCUCUAGUGCUCAUGACAAAUUCAUACUAUGGAUUUAUUCUACUCUACAAAUUAGUGAUUAACUGCUAUCUUUACUGUAACUGGGAAUUAGAAGUUAUAAUCUAAAUGGAUUUUCAUCCUGUUACUGGAGUAAAACUGUUUUGAUCAAGACCAAGUAACAGAUCAUCUUAGUUGCUGCUUCUUAUAUUCUUGCUCUUUCACCUUUGACCCCUGUUUCCCAUAUCUGUAACUAUGAUCAGCUCCACCCUCCCUUGGUCUUUUGGGACUCCAUCCAGGCUGCAUUAAGCUGAAAAGGUGGCUUCCACUGAAGUCAAAGGCAAAUUGGAUCACACCUUUUCUGCAUGGAUGAAACCAUUUCACUUUUGACAGCUAAUAUGGCUGUUUCCCCAAACUGAGUGUCUAUGCACCAUCAAAAUCUGAUUCUUGAACAUUUCAUUUCAUCCUGAACUGACAUGGAAAGCUGAAAUACCAAACGUUUUCCUGGAAUGGAAAUUUUUCAAAAAAUGAGAAAUUGUCAGCUGGAAAACACUGAAUAAAAUGUUCCAGCCUUUUGAGAUGGAAACAUUUAAUUAAAUCCAUUUGGCCCUUAAAGCAGCAUCAGUUUGAGCUACUGUUGCAGCCCUCAGAAAUUGUCAUUCAAGUGCCUUGUGCGCCAUGUCUCCCUUGGGGCUGAGCUCUUUGGCUGAAUUACAGAUCCCAUGAUGCUCCUACCCUGGGUUAGUCAAACAGGGAAUGCGUCAUGAGGGCUGGAGAGGUGCCCAGGGAGAGAGGGGGCUGUGGAGCCCUUGAGUUACAGCUCCCAGCUGACACUGGAGGAAUUCGGACAGACACGGACUGAUAUUUCUCUGACAAAAGUUAUGUGUUUCAAGUGUUCCCAACAGAAAUAAACAGCAAAAUAUUGAGAAAAGCAACAUUUUUUUCAUUAAAGCAUCAAGUUUUGCGCAAAAAACCCCACCCAUCUCCACUGAUUUUUUUUUUUUUACACCGAAAAUAAUACUAGAAUAGAAAACUUGUGUUACAAUGGGAAAACCUUCAGCCAACUCAGCUAAUUGAGCAGCAAUGCCUCCUUAGGCACGAUCUUGCUCAACUGACUGUCCUGGAUGCUCCAUGAAUUGUAGGCAUGCAAAAAGGGUGUCUAGGCUUUGGGAUGUGGUGGUUCCCCCUUCUGAAAUGAAGGAAUUGAGGCUUCUUGGUUGAGAACCAAGCUGUGUUGGUGAGGAGCAGCUCCUGGCCAUGGAAUCCAGGUUGUGGCCACACACAACUGCCUUCUAAAACAGUGAAUGAAUUCCAGAUGCCUCUCUGAGCAGGUGGGCCCAGUGUGCUCCUGUGCACCAGGAGCUGCUUGAUUUAUUUUCUAGAAGGUGCUUUGGAAGAUGGAUGUUGGCUGUGGUUUUUCAUCCUGCUCUGUAAUACUGGUCCAGUGCAUGGUGUGGCUGUCAUUGGCAUGCAGCUCAGGUGAAUCUCACCUUGUGGGAAGGGUUCUAAAUAGACCUUGAAGCUGCCAGGAGUGUAGCCUGUAUCAUAUAUCCACUUGGAUGUGAUAGCCCUGUAACUGAGGGGACACAGCAAUACUGAUACAGUAGAGUGAAGAAAGGAUAGAAGUGGCUUUGCUGC